GGAUUGAAAGGAAAGGAGAGAGAAACUGCAGCAAACAGCAUUAGUUUUCCCUAAAGUGUUUAUCUGAAGAAGAAACGGGUGCCUCUCACUAUGGCCUGGAUUUUCCAGUUGCACUUUGGAAUCUGUCUAUGGGCAACUGUGUCUCUCUGUGUCUUUGCUGGAUCUUGGAGGCAGACAGAUGAGCAGUUCCAUGUCAAGGAUACUGCAGACACAAAUGUGGGAGAGAAUGCUGAUGUCAUAUUAGAGUUACUUUGGGGAGGGAUUGAAAUUAUGGCCAAUGAUACAAUCAAGAUUGAAGAUGAGGAGCUGGCCUCCCUGCGUCCUGCAAAGCGGUUACUUCGGAUCCUUCAGCAUGAGAUUCCCAAAAACCCAGCUGGGAUUGAGGAGCAUCUGGACUAUCUCUCCCAAUCAGACAUGCCUAUAACUCCAGAAGAAUUUGAGCAGCUUAUCUUCACCACGGUCUAUUGUGCUUAUCAGGUUCGCUCCAUCCAAGGCCUGGAAAAAAACCUUUGGAUCAAUCUUUUCUCCCAGCUGGUCAUUGAAAUAAUCCGUGAGCUCUGCAAACAAUUCUGCCCUAAAGAGUCUGUGGAUUCUGUUCAGCACCUAGCCUCCAGGCCUUUGCAGGAUAUGCCUGUCUAUAUUAGCGCAUUAAAGAAGUUCUAUUGGUCUAGCCUAGCCAUGGCCCAAAGAGACCAAGGAGACUCUCAUGUUUAA